AUGGAACUAGUACCAAGACUCGACUACCUAUCACUUCGCUUCUUGGCUUUGUAUUUAUUUAAAGUCAACGCGAGAUGGCGCAGUAACCGUGACAUACGACGUGAUGUGUUCGACACAUUGAAAAAGUUACCAUUAACUUUGGCGGUCAAAAAAGCGAUCUUAGCUAGCUUUGACAGGAUUUUAAAAGAUGUGGAACGGUGGGGUAAAUAUUUUUUUGAGAAUUCUGUUUUAGUUUAAGGGCCGACAUAAAGAACCCGCCAUUUUUACAGGAAGUAACAGGCAAAUUAUGGCGGAUUCUUUAUGUCAGCGAGUAAUAUUAUAUAUCAUACUAUAACUUGACGAUGUUGUUAUUAAAUGAAUGAAGUAUUAUAUAUUAUAACCUUAUUUUCCUUACUUUUCGAAAAAAAUUAUGUUGUUGUAGACUCAAAGCACUCAAAGUUGUUCAUAGAAGACCAUGUUAACAUGAAACCAACCAUAACCAAAAGUAAGAACAGAAGUGACCAUUUGAGAACAUAUCAUGGUAGCUUGGUUUGGAAAAAUAAUUUGUAAGUUUAAAAAAUGUCAUGCCUUUGUCUUUCUCUCACACUCUCUUUAUCACUUUCUCUCUCUUUUGCUGCUUUUGAAAAUGAAAAAAAGUAAUAAGUAUGACAUUUCAGAUUCACAAUUGAUGACAGUAAAACAGCUCAUAGGUUAAUAUAUCACGAUUUAUUGAAUUGGCCUCAACUACGCUUUCAAUUUGCUUGUUUUUACGCGGUAGAAGACUUACUGAAGAAUGACUUUGUGUUUGACAAAGUCAGACGAAAAGUGUUUUGGUGAGUUUUUUACUUCCCCCUGCUUUUCUUUACUCUACCGUACUCUACCUUACUUUAUACUAUCUUACCGUACCGUAAUCUACAAUACCCUACCCUACCCUACCCUACCCUACCCUACCCUACCCUACUCUACCCUACCCUACCCUACCCUACCCUACCCUACCCUACCCUACCCUACUCUACCCUACCCUACCCUACCCUACCCUACCUUACCCUACCCUACCCUACCUUACCCUAUCUUGCCCUACCUUACCCUAUCUUACCCUACCUUACCUUAUCAUAUCACCUAAUCAUAUCAUAACUCUACUCUACUUCACCAUACUGGACUUGGACUAUACUACUAAACACUAAAAUGAACUUUUUAGUCAGCGCCUAGGCGGACAUUCAGUAUACGACCUCUGGUUACGCGUAUUAGAUGACAAAAAGGCAUGGAAGAAAAUCUGUCAAGAAGACCGCUUACUGGUCGAUCAAACUUGUGUUCAGACAAUUCACUACGCUAUGAGGAAUGGCUUCAUGGAGUUGACCCAAUUCUUGUGGAAGAAGCUUACUGGUCCGCAGAAGGAGACGAUCGGUACUAUUUUUGAUAGUUUGGCGGUAUAGAAGUUUUUGAAAAGUCAUUUUUAUUUUUUUUAAUUUUCGAAAUUUUGAAAAAGGUUAUGAAUAUAAAUUUAGGCUUCUUGGCCUGGAAAUCAGUUUGUAUUCGAAUGAAUUGCCCUGAACUCAUCAAGUUUUUGUGCUCGGAACUUUGUCAAUUAAACUUGAAAGGAAUGACGGUGCUGACAUGGGAUAACUUCUACAUCAAGAUCAUUGAAGCACUAGAGGUAAGUCGUCUUGCACCGACUUUCACUGAUAUUGCCUUGCCUUGCCCUGGCCUUGCCCUGUCCUUGGCCUGGCUUAACUUGGCCUUGCCCUGACUUUUCCUGUCAUAUCCUGCCUUGCGUUGCCCUGACCUGGUCUUCUUUGUCGUAUCUUGCCCCACCCUACCUUGCUUUACUCUACCCUACCUUACACUAUAUUACCUUAUCUUAUUUUACCUAACCCUGUAUACCUUUUCAUGUAAUUGUUUUACCAAGACCACCCUACCCAGACUAACUCUACUACAAUUUUCCAGACAGAAGACCCCAAAUCCGACCUCUAUCUAGACUACCUAGAACGUCUACAGACUUUUCUCCAAAAUAUUUGUCCACCACUUAAGACAGCCCUUCUUAAACGUAAUGGAUGCCGCGCUAUAGCCGACGCUUUCUGGUAUCAAAACGAAGAAAUGUUCAGUUUGUUGAUGGAGAACGUGGACAAAGAACAGUUGGGUAAUGCUCGUGAGGUUGUGGAUCGAAUUUAUGAUCGGAAGAAGAGUCGUAAUAUGAAGAAGUUGAGGAAUCAGUUUAUUCAUCGGCAGAAUACUGUGCAGUAG